AGCGCUAAACAUGGGAAUUACGAAAUGACGUCCUUUUUGCUUUGACAAAAGUUGGACCUGACAAAUGUCUAGGGGUGCGUGUAAGGAAAUGUCUAAGUAUAAAUAUGCCCUCGCGGGGCGACCAAGAGUUAGUUUUGCUCUUGUCUGACACGCGUAGCGAUUUUCUUUCCGCUGUCUUGUGAGCAAUAUCGCGGCGAUAUGACACUUACGAUCAGUAAUCGGUCGCUUGCGGAGAUAUUAAGAAAAGUUUUUAUCAUUGGCUCCAAUUUAAACGGACGAAUAGAUGGAGCCAAAUUCAUAUCCGCGUUAUCGGGUAACGAGAAGCGAAAUUACUCACUAUUUUGGCGUUUUGCGUCCUCGUGCUCCAACACUCUGUUGAGCAUAAUGGCGCAACUCGGGCAUUGUGAUGGUGACCAGGAACUGUUAGCCAUAAUCGAGGAAAUUAUAGGAUUGCGCGAGGCUUGCAAUCAUGAAGAAGAAGACGCGGGCGGACAUAUAGCUGGUUUCCUGCGCCGAAUGCGAUUGGAUAGGGGAGAAAGAGGUAUUGAUUAAAAUCUUGUAUUAAAAUAUAAGAACUAUUCUUAUUUCCGAUAUUUCUCUCGUAGAAGUAUCCGCGAGACCGAUCGCUAUCACGCGACCGAUCGCUGUCGUGCGGCCGGUACCGCGAGCUCGAAGACGUCGCGCUGAGGAAGAGCCCCCCGAGACGCCGCCUCUGCGUAAGUUGGAAAAUAAUGAAAAUUAAUGAAACAUUAAAAAGCCGUGAUUAUUAAAAAUUAAAUUUUCUAGGACGAGCACGAAUUGAAG